AUGAAGCUCAAUAAGGUUAUAGCUCUUAUCAGAACUGAAUCAAUACCGGAAGUAAACAUAGUCUUACGCAAGGCACUACGCACGGAUUUAGGACAGUUAAAUAGAAUGAAAAGAAAUGCGUUGCAAAGUGAGGGUACCGUAUCAAAGCUUGAAAGGAAAUAUCGCAUAGUAGAAAAAGGUAUUGAUGUGGUCCAUGAAGAAGUACAACAGAGGCUAGUUGCAAUUGGGGCAAAGCUUGAAAGAUAUGACAAUAGGACAGAGCAGUACAGACAGAAUCGCUUGUUUGAAUCAAAUCAAAAGAAAUUGUUCGAGGAAUUAGACGGAGUAGAAAGAGAAACGGUGGUGCCUGAUGCAGAGGAAAGUACUCGCUUUUGGAGUGACAUAUGGGACAAACCCAUAGGCGGGUACAAGACGACAUAUAUUGAAGUGACGAAGUUGAAGAAGCAGGUGAGAAAAUUGCCAAAUUGGAAAAGCCCAGAGCCCGAUGGAGUUCAGGGGUAUUGGAUAAAGAACUUAAGUAAUUUGCAUGGUAGCAUAGUACAUCAACUUGACAGGUGUCUCCAAGAAAAUCACGUGCCGGUAUGGAUGGUCACUGGGAAAACAGUAUUGUGUGAAAGAAUUGGAGAAAGGAAACGCAGUCAGGGCCGUCGCGACGGGGGGUGUGGGGGGAUCUUAGCGGAAGAAUUGUAUGAACAUCUUGAGCAAGCAAACAUAUUACCAUGGGAACAAAAGGGGUACAGAAAAGGAAGUCGAGGGACAAAAGACCAACUUCUCAUUGACAAAAUGACAAUGAGAAAUUGCAAGAAACGCUUAACUUCACUGGCUGUUGCAUGGAUUGCCUACAGCAAAGCAUAUGACAAGGUGCUCCACACCAUCGAUUCAAGAGCGGUUUCAAUCGUCAGAUAUGGGGCGGGGAUCAUAAAGUGGACAAAGAAUGAAUUGGAAGAAUUGGACAGAAAAACAAGAGAACUGAUGACAAUAUAUGGUGCGCACCACCCCAAAGCAGAUGUUGAUAGGCUAUAUUUAAAUAAAUGUGACGGUGGGAGAGGCUUGAUAGGAGGUGAAGACUGUGUGCAGGCAGAAGUAAAUAGUCUUGACAAGUACCUAGGUGCAUCAGAGGAAAACAUGUUGAAAGAAGUAAGCCUCAGUAGUACCCUUGAAAACAAUAAGUAA